AUCACAAAAGCUCGUUUAUACGAAAUUGUUCGCUCAGUAUUUAAGAACAUCGGACACAGAUAGCUCCUCAUAUAUCAGAAGGACGAAAACUUUAUAAUAGACUAAGAAAACAUUUCAUAUAUCUGUUUAUCAAUAAAAACUAAAAUUAAAAGAAUGCUGUCCAAGGGAAUAUUUUUGAUGUUGUUGUAUUUCGUGGCAGUGUAUGCUAGCUUCGAUCCGAAUGAGAUUUGUGGAUUACUUUCGAACGGCACACGUAUCAAAGAUCCGCGAGCAUGUAAUGCUUGGAUAACAUGUAUUGAUGGAGCACCUCAUGCUGGCACCUGUCCGGAUAAUCUUUUUUACGACCGUAACACAUAUACUUGUGUCAAUUCGAGUAGUAUAAAGUGUAUAUCGAGUAACCCAUGUGCGUCUUUGAAUAAUGAAAGCGGCUUUGCAGCUGAUCCUUAUGCUUGCAAUGGCUACUAUUAUUGCAAUAAAGGCUCAGGAUCACACGGUGAAUGUCAAUCAGGUUUUAAUUUUAAUCCAGGAACGAAUGAUUGCAUUCGAGGUUAUCCCUGCGCACUGAAAAUGAAUCCAGAUAGCUAUUGCAAUAUCUUGCCCGACGGCGUGUUUAUAAAGGAUCCAACGAAUUGUGUGGGAUAUCAGCUAUGUUGGAAGGCUCAAGUAUUAAGUCGCGAAUGUCCUAAUGGCUAUUACUAUAAUGCACUUAAGGGUGACUGUGAUUAUCCAUUCAAUGUGGAGUGUAUUGAAACGUCAAGUAAUCUACCAGAUUUACCGUCUUCUGAGUAUUGUAAUCGGACUGGCGUAUUUGUAUCAGAUCGGAAUAGUUGCAAUGGUUAUUACUACUGUAGUAAUAACGAUACGGCUGGUAUCGUUCUGCAACAUGGCAUAUGUCCGACGGGGAGAUUCUUUGAUGGGUCAAACAGUGGUGAAUGUGUGCCACGUACAAAUAUCAUAUGCAACUACAAUCGUUGUGUUGGUUUGGCUAGCGAUAAAAUUGAAUUGGUUAACGAAACAAAUGAUGGAUGUCAUGGAUACACAAUUUGUCAAGGUGGCACCUCAAUCGGCAAUGGCACUUGCCCCGAUAAUGGCUAUUUCGAUGAGCUUAACCAGUUAUGUACAAAUGAAGUUGUAAACUUCCCAGCAUGUGCUACUUCGUAGUUUACAAAUAUUUCGUAUUUACAUAGAUAUAAUUGGUAUAUUUAUUUUUUUAUUUAAGUAUUUAUUUCAACAUAAUAGUUAAUGUCUUCAUAUUAAACUGGCAUGGCAUUCUGGAAUGAAUAAUCACAGUCUAAAUAUUGGUCAUUCUUAUAUGUACCUUCUUCUAUUCGUAACUAAUUAUGAAUUCUAAUGCAUGUGUCAUAACUAUACUUAACUAAAUUAUUCAGAUAUAAGGAAUCAACACGAGUGCUUUUUAAAGUGAUAAGUGAUUUUAAGUGAUAACUGAAAUAUAAAAAACCCAUAUAUUAAAUAAAAUGUUUUUUGCUACUUUUUAAAAAAAUAAUACG